AUGGCCUCCACCCCCCUCACCACCGAGGCUUCUGGCCUCAAAGCCACCGAAGAAGCCGUCGCCGCCGCCACCAUGGCCGCAAAUACCCCCCCCCCAACCUCCACCACCACUCCCGCCGCUACCGGAGCCGCGCCCACGCCAACUGAUGAAGCCGCUUCCGAGACGACGAUUCCGGGCUCAGCCCCCCCCACAACCCCCCCCACAACCUCCUUCGCCGCCUCUACGGCCGCGCCCGCGCCUAUGGUGCCUGCGUCCUCGCCGGUGAUCUCACCAACGUCGCUAGUCGCCUCCCUGCCGUCGCCUGGCCUUGCGUCUCCCGGCCUUGUGCGCCCCUCCACGGCGCUUGAACUUACGGCGCGCGUCCCCCCCGCAACGCCCGUCCGCCCGGCUACGGCCGUAAGAAGCGCACCACAACCGGUUGUUCUCGACUCCCCAACCCCCGCCCACCAGAUGGCCCUCCAGCUCCUCCGGUCUGGGAUGGCUGAAGAAACCCGGCGCUCCCGCGCCCUCGCCAGCCUCCUCACCCUCCCCGACGCCCGCCACCUAGAGUUCAGGUCGUUGAUCCCCGCGGACCUCCCGAACUUAGCGCGGGUCCAAAAUUUAGAGGCGGCCGUAGCCUUUACGGCUGGAGAGGUGGCCCAGCCACCGUGCACCGAUUGCGACCGCGGCCACGGCCAAUUCGUGGAGUGCGUCUCUGUCGUGGGUUUCCUCCACGGCAGUUGCGCAAACUGCCACUUCGGUGGCGAAGGGAAGCGCUGCUCCCUUCGUGCCCGUCUGCUUACGGCCCUGGCCGCUACUUCUUCUACGGCGCCGCUCCUGUCUACGCCUGCCGCUGCGCCCAUUACGGGUAGUCCUUCGGGACGAUCUAGUCUCCAUGUCCGCCAUGCUGUUAAGGCAGCUACUUCCUACGCUACCGAGGCGCUUACGGAAGAAGCCCUUCGGGGCCGUAAACGCCGCGCCACCUCCCCCUCUACCAAGGACUCCCGCCCUGCCCGUCGCCCGCGCGUCACCGCCGCCCGCGUCCGCGCUACUACCCGCGCUAGUGUUGCCGCCACGACCGGCCUUGUGCCUGUUCCCCGCGCCCCCCUCGACUACCAGCUAGAGCUAGAGAAUGCUGUCGCCCAGUUCCGCGUUGCGAGCCCCUCCUCCCGGGAGAGGCUUCGGUUGGUGCACUCCCUCGAGGGGGUGGCGAUGCAAAUCGUCACCUCCUCAGAGGGCAACCCCAGCCUCUUCCAGGGGGAGGAUGAGGAGGAGGAUGAAGAAGAGGAGGAGGAGGGAGAGGAGGAAGCGGCCUAA